UACAAUGCAAACGCAACUGCCCGUUCCCAAGUUUGCGCAUGUUCGCGGGACGACGGACAUUGCGUUCCACUCCAGUGGGAAGAUCAUUACGUGCGGAGCUGCGGACGCGUCCAUUCGCAUUUUUGAUCCCAACGCGGAGGCUCCCGUGGACCUGGACAACAGCGCCAAUCUCGAGCCCGUCUGCUUGGCAGUCAAUGGUGACGCGAUCGUUGUCGGCACAUUGCAAAUGUCCAUUACACAAUUCAGCUCGGAGACACGCCGUUUCGCACGGACGCUGUUCCGCCACGGCUCCGAGGUCCGCUCGAUCUCGCUCAGUGGGGAUGGCAGCUCCAUUGCAGCUUGCUUCAACUUCGCCGAAAACGUGUACAUCAUCGACAUGCACGACCCAUCCAAGCUCAAGGCGCUGCGUGGACACACUGACGCCGUUCGUAGCGUUGCCUACGACCCGAUUGGAACUUAUUUGGCUUCUGCCAGCUGUGACGGAACCGUCAAGAUUUGGAACGUCGAAAAGGAAGAGUGCGUCCGCAGUGCCAAGGCGUUGAAGGCCACUCGUGAUGUUCAUGUAAACGAUCGAUGCCGCUUGGCUUGGCGCCACGACGGGCGUUUCUUGGCGCUUCCCACUGGCAGCAUGGUUUCUAUUCUAGAGCGUGAUGCAUGGUCCGUUGCCUUCCAUCUCAAGGACGAAACAUACACGGAGCCAAUCUCGAUCGUCAGCUGGUCGAGCAACCCCCGCAUUUUGGCCAGCGUCAGCCUCGAUGGCCAAAUCCUCGUGUGGGAUGUCGACAAGCGCCACCAGAUUGCUCGCUUCAAAUCAGACCAGCCACUCCUUGGCAUUGCUUGGCACCCGACCGAUAUGACCAUUGCCAUGAUCGACGCCGCUGGCCGCUACACUGUCUGGACGGAUGUUUUGCAAUCGUUUGGAUCGGUGGCACCAGCUGCCCCGCAAGAAACAACGCUGCCGUUCUCUCUGGAUGGGCUGGAGGUCAAGAAGCCCGAGCCCGAGCCCGAAAAGAAGAAGAAGUCCCACAAGCACCGCCGUACCGUCGGAAGUGACGAUGAAGAAGGAGAAAUUGGCGAGGAGAGCGAGCUAGUCGAAUCUGAAGAUGAACAGCCGGCUGCACAGCCUUCCACCCCUGUUCCUACUCGCCAGAGCUCGCGAAACCAAGACUCUGCCCCGAUGGAUACGAGCAAGGAUGUCACCAAAACCCCCGGAAGCAGCAGCAGCAAGAGUAGUUUGCAUCGCCAUUCUUCCAGCAGCAGCUCGCGUCACUCUCCAUCCUCGUCUUCUUCCUCGCGUCACUCUUCGUCGUCGUCGUCGUCAUCGUCAUCAUCUUCAUCCUCGGGAAGCUCGCGGAUUGAGUGGUCUCCGCUUCAGGGCGCAUUCCAGCCGGGCGCAACGCCCGUUGGGCUCAAACGCCGCUACAUGGCCUACAACGAAAUUGGCUACAUUACCAGCCGAAACGAGCACACACAGGCAGCCAUUGAUGUACACUUCCACGACGCCGCACUUCGACGCUCCAUCAAGCUGACCGAUCACUACAAUUUCACUCUUGCAUUUUUGAGCGAGCACGGCGUCGUGUUUGCCAGUGAAGCUGGUGCCGCUACCGCCAGUACGAUCUGCUACCGCAUGUUUGAGAGCUGGGCGCCAAACAGCGAGUGGAUGGUCUCGCUCCCCGACAACGAAUCGGCGCGAGCUGUUGCGGCCGAGCGUCGCUUUGUGGCUGUCGCAACCGAUCGUAACCAGCUGCGUCUCUUCUCUGCCACAGGUGUGCCCUCCGGCGUGCUUUGCCUUGAUGGCCCGGUUGUGACCAUGACGGCGCGAGGCGAUUGCUUGUUUGUUGUCUACCACGGCGAGCAGGCGGCGCUGCGCCAUGAGCAGCCCAUGAAAUACCUGCUCUUGGACGUGCACCGACAGGAGCGCAUUGCUCAUGGGCACCUGCCGUUGAGCAACGCGAGCCAGGCGGCUGCGAGUGCCGCUGCGACGGCUGCGCUCAAUGUGACCAACACUGGCAUGGCGACUGCUGCAGCCAGUGCCGCCACUCCUGCAACUCCCUCCUCCUCGUCGUCGGCAUCUUUCACCGCAUCCUCUUCCACCACCUCCACUCCCUCGGGCGUAUCGCUCGUGUGGGUUGGAUUCACGGCGGCUGGCGUUCCAGCAACCUGCGACUCGUUGGGCAUUGUCCGCGUGCUGUCGGUUGCCAACUUUGGUAGCAUUUGGAUGGUGCUGACAGACCUUGCCAGCGCCCGGAAGAACGCUCCGGACUGGCUCUGGCCGAUUGCCAUCAGUGACGCGCAAGUUCGCGUGCUCCUUUGCAAAGGCGGUGAGCGCUACCCUGUUGUCGGUGGCAUGGCGGAUGCUGUGCAGUCGCUCGUCCCGAUCGUCAUGCCCGUCAACGGAGGAGCCACCAUGGAGGAGAAGAGCGUGCGUGGUCAACUGUGGUUUGACAAUCGCGAGUGGCUGGCUUCGCACGACUAUGAGGCGCACAAGGAUCGUGAAGCACACGCCAACGAGCUUGAUCGCCAUCUCUUCCCGAUGAUUGCUGCCGCCAUCUCGAGCUCUCGCCAUAUGCGCGCUCUCGAACUGUGCUGCCGUCUGCGAACUGUGGACAGCAUCGACCGUAUGAUUCAGUAUGCAUACAAGAGCAACGCUCCUACGCUUGUGGAUCGAAUGCAGCUUGUCCGUGAGACGCUCCUGGAAGCCGAGGCUGCCGAAGAAGAGGGUGACGAGGCCGAGCUGGAAGACGAAGAAGAGGCUGUGGAAUACGUGGAGGAGACUCAACAGUCAAAUUCGCGCGCGGCACAUGACUCGUUCGGCUUUUCCUUCAAUGACGACUCGUUGUCGCAUGCAGCACCGACCUCGGCGAUGAUGACGACACCGCGGCAACCUGCGCGCACGAUUGUCACUCCCUCGAGCUACGCCACUCCAACCACCACCCCCAAAUCAACGUUUGCCAAAAUGAGCGAAUCAGCCAGCAUCGGCUCUCCGACCAUGUCCGGCGGUCAAAAGCGACUUGCAUCGGCCAUGGACGGCGAUGACUCGAUGGACUCGUUUUCAGCGACGAAAAAGCGCGCAAGCCUGACCGAAUCGUCGAGCUCAACCCCUUUUGAAAAGUCAAAGUCCAAGCCCGCCAUCACUUCGCCCGUCUCCAGCGAUGACCAUUCUGAUGAGGAUGCUCCCAAAACAAAGCGAGUGAAUCCAUUCGCCAAGAAGGCUGCCACGGCUGCUCCUGCAGCAAAUGCUACUCCGGCCGCGAAAGCCAUGUCGUUCUUUGACAGCGUACGGGCUACGCCCAAGCCGACCCCGGCGUUCUAGUUCCAGUUGUUAUUGAUUUUUCAGUGUUUUUUUUUUCCAUCCAAGUUGUGUGAAUGGUGUUGCGUGUGUGCGUUGAUGCUAUUGCUGUUAAAGAUCUAG